AUGCAGGCAUGGGACGGUGCUUGGAACCUUGCGAUGAUCGUGUGGUUGGUCGCAGUUGCUUACCAGGUGCUAAAGUUCCUGCACAGGCGAUUCUUCCCGUCUGCCACCGAUGGCCACUCUGAUUAUUUCAAAUGUCACGGUCGUCUUUCGGACCGCCCUCCUGUUGGUGAGGGUGAAUCAUCACAUUACGUAAUGGUGGGUCGGCAUGAAUACAUGAGACUAGCAGCACGUGAUGACAUGGAUGAACAGCGAUGGUUCGACCAAAUGAUGAUCCAAGGGCGAGAAGGGCCACCUCACUUGAGAAGACGACGAAGGCGCCUUUCUUAUGACAGGAGAGACGACGAUGACUUGAUCGACUUGAUGCAUCGACAGCAUCGCAUGGAUGUCAUCUCACCACGUGAUCGAGCCGCUGAAAGAAGGGCAAAUGAACCCGUCAAACGCAAUCCACAAGCAUGGACUUUGGAUGACCAUCAACUCUCUCUGGAUGAUCGCAACAACCUCUCUGAUUGGACUCUUAAACAGGCACAAACACUGGCAGAUUUCUGCUUGAAUCCAUCCAAUUCGCUGCAACAUGUAAAUCUCCAGGCAUGUCAACCAAUGAAGGAGGAGGUAUUAGCUGCAGUCCUUCAGGCACUGGGAAAGAUGAAUCGGUUGAAUCGACUGCAUUUAGAAUGCACCAAUGAUUGGACCCUUACCCAAUUGACCCAGCAUGUCUUACAUGUACCUGCCUUGAGUGUAACAUCGAGAAGAACCAUAGCACCUGCAGAGGCUGAUGCCUUUGCCAUUGGAUGGAAUCAGGAGAGAGUUCUUCCAAAGAGAGAAUUGAACUUUCACAACUUGAAUGAUGAAUCAGUAGCCAAUCUGUUCACAGCGUUGAAGCAUCAUCCCAUUGAAAACGUAGGAAAACUUCAAGCUCGCAGUCUUCAGAUUGGAGGUGUAAAAGCCAUGUCAAAGUAUCUUGAAAGAAUGGAGGGUAACAACAGUAACUGUGAACUGAUUCUCUGUGGAAACUGUUGGCCUAACGGCAUGUUGAGGCAUUUGGUGAACAGUCUGCUGGCGCCAACCAACAAAAUCACACGCUUGCAAUUCCGAAACGCAUCCUUCCCUCAAGAGACACGUCGUAUGCUGUCAAAUCUUCUGCAAAACAAAACCAAUCUGGAGGCACUAUCCUUCUACCGUUUGAACAGCCACGAAGGGAAUCGGUGGAACGAGGCUGUCGUCAAAGGGCUCUACAUGUCAGCGCCCAAGUUAACGCGUUCCUUGACGACUCUAGAGGUUGUGCACGCCCUCCGUCAAGGGCAAGUUUCUACUGGAUUGGCAUACAACUGGAGCGUGACUCUCCCAAUGCUGAUCAAGCAGCAUCCUCAUUGGAAGGUCUUGAACCUAAAUGACAACUUCAACUGCCUGAAUGAUUUGACGCUAGAACAUUUCACUCAGGCUCUGCCGACAAGCACUCAACUGGAACGGUUGAAUAUCUCCAACGCCAGCAUUUCUGCUGGGAAGGUUCACACCGUUGUGCAAAGCCUGCCAACGAAUGUACUAAUGACGUAUUUGGAUCUAAGCCACCUCCAAAUAAGUCGUGAAACUUCAAAGGAUCUAGGACGGUGGUUGUCGUCCCAAUAUGAAAUGCAAGAGCUGGUCCUUGAUGCCUGCAAGUUGGACGCAACGGGAGUAGAAAGCAUCCUUUGUGGUCUAGUGCAAAGCCAAUGCUCACUGAAAAAGCUCAAUUUUGCAGGCUGUUGUGCUUUGGGCCUUCAGGGCUUCAAUCUGCUGAUCGAGUACAUACCGCUCCUGCCCAAGUCUUUUCGCAGCUUGACCCUGACCAAUGUCCCAGAGUCUCGGCAUGGUAUCAUCGAGAUGGUCCCACCAGAAGUAGAUCGACGGUUGUUUUGGCGAGCAACACGGCUGAUGAUGAAACUGAAACAAGUGCUUCGAGAGAACACCAACUUGUUGCAGAUAUCCGUUGAGCUACAACCAAAGUUUCCACCAGGGUUUGCAGAAUAUCUGGAGAGAAGGAAUCAUUUCAUCCAAAGCUUCCUCCGUGAUGCCGAUCGUCCUCCAUGGGAAACCAUGAUGGACAACUUGAAUCGAAGUCUAGUGAGGGGCUGGUCGGAACUCCAGGAGCCGAGUAUGACAACAAUCACUGCUGGAAUGGUGCUGCGAGCGUUGAGAUCUGUACAACCUAAGGGUGCUCAAGGCCAAGAUUGGGAACUGUCGCUGUGGUACGAUGCUUUCUCACUCGGGUUGAUACCACUACCUCGAGCAGAGUGA